AAGCAGCCCAGGUGUCAGCACCACGCCUUGUUUGCUUCUUAGCCCCCUCGAAGUUACACAAUCGUCAACUCCCGUCCGAUAGUUCACCCCGAGCGGCGUGGCUCAUGCUACAUAGAUAACGUCUACGCUGCCCUAGAACAAGUUUAUGGAAUGUUAUCCAUACAGAUGAGUGGUUGGAUAGUUUAACUUGUGUUGCGUUACUUGCAGUGGGUAGGUGAGUUCGUGAGUGUGGGUUUUGAGUUUGGGGGAUUGAUUUUCGACUGUUUCCUGCCACCGUUUCAACUGGGCCUCGUGGUCUGUACUUGGGCAGCCUGGCAUGGCGGUGCCCAAGCGAGGCAUCGGCCGCUGUGCUUACGCCUUCGUGCUCGCCAUCAGCUUCGACGUGGCCGGCGUGGCGCUGCUCACGUGGGGCCUCUUCGGCGAUGUGAUCUACUUCGACCUGCUCAUCUACUGCGGCGCCAUCCUGGUCUUCCUGAGCCUCGUGUGGUGGAUCUUCUGGUACACGGGCAACAUCGAGGUGCCCCUCUCAGAGUUCGAUGACGAUCGAAAGCCUGGCGGCUUUGAGCGGCUCGCGCGAACCGUGUCGCGGCGGCUGUCGAACCGAUUCGGCAGCCAGAGGGGAGCGGCGGAAAGGGCUCACGGGGCCUCGACGUUGCCGUCGUCGACGGCCGGCCGGCAAAAUCCUCCGCAGGCUCGCACUCGUGGCACUCGUGGCACUCAGAGUGCCCGAUUGUUAAAAUACUCUGCAGUACCGGGGGAAGCAUCGGCGGUGUCGUCGUCGUCGUCAUCAGCAGCUGCAGCAUCACCUGCUGGAGCAGCCUCGUCCAUGGAGAUGAAGCCCAUGAUCGCGCCAAGCUCCAAGAAGAGAGGAGUCAGUUUUCAAAUUCGCCCCAUCACUCCCAGGGGCUCAGGAGCACCGAGCACCUUUGUGGACAUAUCUACGUUGUGAUGAGGUGUGGUUGAAUCCAAUGUUCCGUGGAGGUGAUGGAAGAUGGUGACGGUGGUGGUGGUGGUCACGAAGCUGAUGGUGAUGACUUUGCUUCAGGCACUGGGGGUGGGGCGGGGGGGGUCUGAAGUUUUUGGGAUUGCUGUGUGAAGCCUGGAUUUGCAAGGACUGCCAAGUUCCCAUCUCUCCGAAGCUCUGAAUAUCGGUGUGCCCCUAACGUGUGAAUGACAGCCGAUCCACACUGUGGUGAACUGCACCAAUGACUGUACCAGAGACAAAUGUCUAACUUGGGGGAAAAUUAAUCAUUCUGUGCAUGCAGACUAUUGUUUAAUCCCACUAAACAUGCGGAGACAACUGUUUAUGUUUUAAUAUGACGAUGAUGAAAUUUUACGGCACAUUAUUUCACUGAAAAACAAUGCAACUACAUUUGUGAUACUAUCGGGAGCAAAGUUCUUCGUUUUAAUCUUUGACGUUAGCAAAGGCCAUCCGUUUUUGCACGAACAUUUUUAAAGCAUCCCUUUGUGAUUGGCGGCUGUGAGCAGCUAAAACUGUAUCAUCCUAUAACCUUGGAAUGGUCGGUCUGGAUAUUUUGAGAUCAUGGGUUUGUCAAUAAUAGCUUGUUUCUGUCCGAAUACAUGACUGUUGAAGCCAUCUGUGUUGCGCUGAGGUCAGAGUUUUCGACCAGCAUUUAGAAAUGUGCACGUUAAAAGCAAGGUCACGGUCAGCUCAGCCCAUAAUUUGAUAAGAUGAAUGUGUUCCACUUUGUGGGAAGCAGACUGUAGUUGUCCUAUAGACGUUCUGGCAUUGGCCAUAGGAAUCUUUAAGUUGUUCGUAUUUUUUUACAAUUGUUUUUAUUUUAUUUUUUAUUUUAUCAGGUAAGGCCACAGGUAUAUCGCUUUUUUUCAGAAACGACCUGGCCACAAAUGAUAUCUCAGCGAAGUGGCUUAUCACGUGGAAAUGUAUAGCAGCCAAAAUACUCUGAACGUUCGUUCUAAACUCAUGUUUCUAAAUGUGGAAGGAAAAACCGGAGGACCCGGAGAAAUACAUUCGAACUCUAAAUAUACAGGCGUCGGGGUCCGAAUCGAACCCACGACCUCGUGCAUAUCUGGCGAGAGAGAGAUAACAUUGCCACCGGGGCCGUUAACAAAAUACAAGUGCCACCCCACACUCAUUGCAGCUGGGAGACUCUCGACUUGAGAAGCCUUGAAGCUGCGCACACUGCGUUUUACAAACUGCUGCAUUUCACACACAUUUAUAGAGUUCUCCCAUAAACCGAGGAAUGCGAAUGCAGCUGUCGCAUAACAGCGGGCAUCCAUUUCAACAAAACCGUGGCGCCUUCCCGCAUGAAACAAAUGCAGAACUGGCAGGGCCAAAAGUCUUGUUUAACAAGCAAACACACCGCACGCCCGGCGCAUGGUGCUGUCCUUGGCAGUUUGUUUAACGUGUAAUCAUUUCUUUAGCCAGUUGGUGCUUUAUCUCCAGAAUGUUCAAACAGACGAUUUAUUUUUGUAUAGUCUGGUGUUCUUCGGCUUACCAAAAGCUAUACUUCUGUUGAAAUCCGUGAUCUGCCACAAUUACCUUUGGAUAGUAACUCUGUCGGCAAUGCCCCGUGCGUUUGAGCUACGGUAAUAUACGUUACAACUAAUUGUGAAUUUGUUAAGCGUUUACCCCCAGCCCAUUGCGAAUGAUUAAUUCAUGACAAUUGGUGGCGUGUACAUUUUUUUAAAAAAAGGUAAUUAUCACAAAAUGAGUUUUUGAAAAAAUGUGUUGAGAUUCUCCGAUGUGUGUUCUUGUUGUACCGGGGUAUUGUUCAGCCCUGUCUGACAUUUCGCCGCAAUUCAGUUCCUGCGAUCUACUUCGGGAACUGAAUUGUUGAGGUAUCAAAGGAGGGCUCUGUCCGAGUGGGAUGAUCCAAAACUGAACGGUCAAACUUGAAUUGUCGUAAUGGGACAAGGAUUUUAUAUUGAGUGUGUCAGGGUGUCUGUAUCGGAUAACAAUAAGGUUAUAUUUUGGAUUUGUCAGGUACUGUCAUCGUUGCAUCAAGGGUUCUAAUUCAUGCGAGUUCUAUAUUGAAUGAGAUAAUGGUUAUACAGUUGAUAUGUUCAGGUGUGUACCGAAUGUAGCAAUGGUUUUGUAUCACACGAGAUGUGGAUUUUGUAUGAAUUCAUUUAAGUGAUCUUUAUUUGGGCACAUUCAGGGUUUUAUAUCAGAUUAGUAUAAGGGUUCUGUAUGGGAUGGCAAUAAUUCUGCUUUGGAUGACCCCCCAUGACUCUGUGUCAAAGGGCAAGUGUGGUGUGUUGGGUAAUAGAGGUUCUGUAUGGGAUAAUAAAGCAAAAAGGGUGCUUAGAUGAUGUGAAAAAUUUUACCAACUGGUGAGAUGGAGCAGUGGACAAAAUGUAUUUUAAUAGUGUAACCCAUCAUUGAACCUCAAUACUUCUUUUUUUCAGAAGGGUCAUGCAUUGGAAUUUUGCCAUUAUUCAGUGUUUGAUUUAUGCUUGGCGUUGGUGGCUAUGCACGCCUGCAAUCCAGCUCUGUGGCGAUGAGGGUUGGUGAAUGAGUCUCAAGGUCACACAGUAUACUGACUCGCCAGGAUGUGGCAGCACAGAAAGCGGAUUAACUUCCAUCUGUAUUCCAUCGGUAUGGGAAUUGAGUGUUACCUCUCCCCCCUUUUCAUACUCCUGUAUCCUCUCAAAUGUAUAAAACACUAAUCAUGGAGUAGGCCCAAUAUCCCAGUAUAGUAUUGCAGAGCUUGGGCAAUUGUUAGCUCCUCUGGUUCAUGCUGCCUUCUCUUAAUAAUUAUCUCUCUUUGAGUGAAUGUUGGCCUCUCUCUGUACCUCCGAUUAGCACGGUUGGCUUCGUAUGGUGCGAAAGAAGUUCAACAUACACUACGAACACAAGCUGUGCGUGUUACAACAUGGAUAUUUGCCUUGUGGGAAGAAACUGGAGUAACUGGAAAAAACCCAAACGUAUGAGGGGAUAACACUCAAAACUCCGCCAGGUUCAAGAAACCAUUGUUGUACUACCAUCUGAUGGCGACCUCCUGGCUCAAGCCUACAACACCUGGUAUUCCCCGAGUCUCCCUUCGAAGUACUAACAAGGGUUAAUCCUUGACUUAAAGCUUUCGUGACUGCAGGAAUUCAUAUUCUUUGGGUCUUUCAGUAAAGUCACGUAGAUAGUUCAUAGAAAGUAACAAAAAACUACGACGUUUUGCUCAUAACACAAGCCAUCGUCCCGAUGACGAUCACUUGUGUUGUGAUCGAAACGUAGUUUUUGUUAUUUUAUUUUAAUCAUCUUUUAACCGAAAGACCCAAAGAAUAAGGGUUAACCCUGAUUAGCUUCUGAAAUCCGAGACCUGACGAUGUUGCCCACAUUCAGGGUGAAUUGGGCCGUGGAGGCUGUGUGUAUUGCUUUCGUUGAGCCACGACAUGUGAAUGUGGAAUUUCCAACACUCGCUUGGGCCUGCCAAGAGACGACCACGUGAACAGCUGAACUGUUUUUUUUUACUUUGGUCCGUCGAAAAAAAAAUCACGUUUGCUGUAAUUGCAAGGUUGAUGCGUUUUUAUCUCAUUUUAUAUGUGUACAGAAAAGUGAACGAUUUUUUUGUUAGUUUAAAUGAAUGCAUUGAUAUGCUCUGCAUCUGUCGAAACAAAAUAACUUUUUCUUAA